UUGUGCAGCUAAAGGGUGGGGCUGAUUCAUGAUGAAUGUGCAGCUAAUGUUAUAUACAGUGCUGCUAAUAAUUACUUUUCAAUUUGUUAAAGCUAAAGAAUACUAUGUUUCAGUGAAUGAUGGCUCAAAUGAUAAUCCAGGAACACUACAAAAACCUUGGAAGAGCAUCAACAAAGCGGUAAAAUUUCUCAAAUCUGGAGAUACAUGUAUCAUUAGAGGAGGAACAUAUACCGAAGCAGUUGUUAUUAAUGGUUUGAAAGGAAAAGUUUAUGCACCUAUUGUGUUCAAGUCUUAUCCAGGGGAAAGAGUAAUAUUUGAUGGCACCACCAGUAUUAAGGGACAUUGGGAGAUAUACAGAAAUGAUAUCUAUUCACUUAAACUUGACUUUGAUAUUUGGCAGUUGUUUGUAGAUGGUGAGAUGCAGAUCAAUGCAAGAUGGCCAAAUGCUUUCUGGUAUGAUAAGUCUGUAUUUGAUUACAAAAAGUGGGGAUUCUCUUCAAAAGAGUCUACAUUCAACCUAGAAAAAAGCACUGGAGUGAUGAUUGAUAAUGGAACACAUCUGGCCAAAUCUGGUAUUAAUGCUACAGGAGCAAUAGCAAUUCUUAACAUUGGUCAAUGGUUAACAUGGGCCGGAAUUGUCACUAAUCACACAAUCGGAAAUGCCUCAUUUGCUUAUUAUGUUCCUUCAAAGCCAAAAGCUGUUCAUUUCAUUGCUCAAAAUUGUCGGUACUUUUUAGAGGACAAGUUAGAGUUUCUUGAUUCUCCUACAGAGUGGUAUUUUGACCCUGUAGAGAAGAGAGUAUAUGUUUGGCUGAGUGAUAUCAAUAAAAACCCCAGUGACCAUGACAUUCGUGGUAAAGUAUCAACAUAUGCAUUCUUCAUUAAUAAUGGAUCUGCUCAUAUUACGUUGUCAGGAUUAAAUUUCUUUGCCACUACAGUACAUGUUAGAGCUCAGUCAAAAUCCGAAGACGUAAAUAACAUUAAACUUGAGUCAUGCUAUUUUUCUUAUCCUUCAUAUAGUCAUAGAGCAUUGGGAUCUACUGCUGUUCCUAACACAACAACUAUUUAUUACAAUGGUGACCUUGUCCAGAAUUCUGGUAACUUCUCUGUUUUCAAUUGCACUUUUGAAUAUGCUGAUGGUCAAACAAUGAGCUACAGAGGUGCUGAUGGAGUUUUUGAGAACAAUAUAUGGCGAUACAAUGACUUUACAUGUGUAGGAGAUGGGUUUCUAUUGAGAUCAGAAGGAGUUAGAGAUGUGUUUGUACGCAACACUGUCCAUAGCAAUGGACCUUGUGAAGGCUAUGCCCCUGGAAACGGAGACACUUUUGACAGAAAACUUGGAUUAGCAAUUGGAUCAGAGGUUCGCCUCAAUCUCUUCUAUGAUCUUAAAUACUUGCAAGGUGAUGGAUCACAUGUUCAAACUAACAUUUAUGCUCAAAAUGGAUCUGUAUUGGAGUAUAAUUGGUGUUAUGAUACAAGGAAGUGGGGUUUGAGGUUUGAUAGAGCUGAUGUAGAUGGUGCAUUAUGGGGCUAUAAUGGAACUAUGAGACAUAAUGUGGUAUGGACAACACGUGGGAUCAGACUGAAAGGUGAUAAUCAUCAUUGUUACAACAACUUAGCAUUUGACAAUGAGCUAUAUUUUGAUCUUUGUUUAUAUGGGUUCCCUGGAGAUGGAGCGAAAGGAGAGAACAGCCACACUGUAACAAAAGGAAACAUUCUACAAAACGGAGCAUGUAGCUCUAUUAAAACAUCAGAGUGUCAAUAUGACUUACCAGACUCUGAUCUAGUUUUAAAAGGUGUUGGACCAUAUGGCAAGGAAUCAAUGGCUCAUGGAGGAGUUUACUGGAUACCAGGUCAUCAAGACACUGCUAGUAGUAUGCCUAUUCCACCAAAUGGCACUAAUACAGCAAAAUGUAAUUGCCAUUUAAUGUGGCUUUCAGGUUACAAUGCAGAUAAGCAUGAUGUGUAUUUUGGUCUUUCUGAAUCAUCAGUGCAAUCUGCUACAACAUCAUCACCAGAGUACAAAGUUACUAUGACCAGUCCAGCUAAUAUAUUUGAUCCAGGAUCACUUAAAUCUGCUGUACCAUAUUACUGGCGGGUAGAUAGCGUCAAAGAGUUAGUUACAACAAAAGGAUCUGUAUGGAACUUCAAAUGCCAAUAAAGUUGCCAGCUACUAUGCUACACGCUAUAUGCUAUGCUAUUAACAACUUUGUUAGUGUAAAAGAACUUGCAAAGCACAUGUAAAAUAAUGAUGAAUAAAUGCUAAUUUUAGAGAAAUUUAAUGUUUAGAUAAAGCUAGAAUACUCAA